AAUAAAACAAUUAAUAACAAAGAAAGCAAACGUCGUCUCCUCCAAUACCUAAAACCCUCCAAAAUUCCAUCCGCAGAAAACCAGAAACCCAGUCUCCGAUUCACAAUUCGAACCGAUCACCAUGAGCUCCUUCAGCAACACCGCGAAUUUCGAUAAUCUUCUCCUCCAAACUCUCAUGGGCAGACUCCAAAUCCGGCCCCCAAACAACAACAAUCCCCUUCUCUCCCAAUCCCUCGAAGACCUUCUCUUCGAUGCCGCCAAUCUGUCCGACGACGACAACGACGACAACAAAACGCAGCUCGCUAAAGAGGAAUCCAAGCUCGAGAAGGAGAUUAUCCGCGUUAUUCUCACCGGAAACACCGAUUCCCUCAAGCCCAAUUCCGGCCAGGCCGUCACCAUCGGCGAGCACCACAUAUGCGUCGGGUUUCACGAGGAGAAGGACUCGGAUUAUCGAGUUUGGGAAUGGCACGGCCAUAUUAUGUUGUUUGACGAAGAAAAUGGAUACUCGCCGGAGUAUAUAUAUGGGAAUUACUUUGAGAGGCUUCAGGGAAAGGUCAACCGUGAACUAAAUAAACGGAAGGAGGAACAGGAGCAGGAAGAGGAAGAGGAGGGGGAGGAAGAAGAUGAUGAAAAAGACGAGAAGGUGGGCAAAUUAGGUCUUCGGGAGUUGAUUGACGGUGGUGAUUCGAGUGGCGGUCGGAUUCUUCAUCGCAAUGUCAAUGCCAGUUCGCAAAGGUUUUAGUCAGCCGAGCCGAGUCCUGGUCUUUCAAUCAGUAUAAGAAGUUCAGAUUCCAAAGGAGGCUGCUACGGAUUGUCAUUUUACAGAUUGCACCUGGGUGUUCCUGUAGUUUGGAUACUGAACUUCUUGUGUAUGUUGGACAGUAAAGGAAAGGAGAUGGAUACACAGUUCAGUGAUAUUCUCUGUUUGAUCAGUUUUUUUCUCCAUUACUUUGAAUAAUAAUGCUCAUUGCUCUUUCCAGUUAACUCCUGUGUAGUGGUUCUUAGUCAUGCUUGCAGGUUUAUGUGCCUGUUUCUUAUUUUUUGUGUUUUACAGAUUUCUUAGAAGAUCAAUGAUUAUGCAGUUUCUUCCAUUUUUGUUUAACAGAGGCUCACAUAAAUGGCUCCUUGAUUCUGUAUUUGCCCAGAAUGGGUGUUUUUUGGACCCUGGUUUUAUAUACGUUAUAAACCGGAGAAAGUUCGAACC